AUGGCUACAGCAAAUCCUCCACCGGGCGCGCUCUCGGUGGAACUCCACAAUGGCUCCGACCCCUUCCUCGCGGCACCGCAGGACGCCCACCGCCAACGAUACUCCGCCUUCGACAACUCGCAGUUCUCCCUCUAUCUGAAUGGAUCGCCCAUGCAGGCCAAGCGCGCCCUCCAGGCACACUUGGCAGAGACAACGCGCAGACUGCAGGAGACGUCGCAUUUGGGUAGUGCGCUUGUUCAGCAGAGGAAGGAGCUAGAGGACAAACUGCACGAGGUCGAGCAGCAGCAGCAGGACAAUGAUAUCGGCCCAGAGUUGCGUCAGAGGCUGGCUGAGCUGGAGAAGGAGUUCAAUGAGGUCGGAAGGGAAACGGCUCGCGCCUUUCUCCCCAAGUCUCGCGUACCUAGUGGCGAGACUGAUCCCACUGGCAGCUCCGUCUACUCUAGCGAAGCAAUCCAGUCACCGACCAAAGUGAGCGUCCCUUCGCGAAAACAGAGGAACCAACAACCCAGCCGCAUUAAUGACAUUGCGCUGGCCACAGAAAUCUCCACAUCUUUGCUUUCUCAGUUGAAGGACCUUCAGGCCGUACUUCUUGAGAAGGAUGAAGCCCUCAAGGCCGCCGAUCUGGACCGAUCGCAACUCGAAAUUGAGGUUGAAGGCUUGUCGCAACGCUUACGGACAUUAGACGAAAGCGAGUCGCGACUCAAAGACGUCAACUGGAACCUUGAGACACAGGUUCGCGAGUCGGAAACGCAAUUCAAGUCGGCGGCAGAUAAGGAGCGCAGCCUCAACCAUGCUUUGGACCUAGCACGCACUGAGAGGUCAACCCUGGAGAAGGAGUUGGAAGAUCUGAAGCAGAUGUACACUAAGCUCAACGACGACCACAUCAACAAGACCAAACAGCACGAAACUGAGCUUUCUAGUCUGCGGCGAGUUGCAGCCAUGACGGAGACGGAGAAAGGUGCAAUGCAGCGCAAGGUGGAAGAGCUCACGUCCAAGAACCACGAGUUAGCUCAAGCCAUCGCUUAUCGCGCAAGAUCAGAACAUCGUGGUCGAUCUGAAGGAUCGUCUGAUGACGACCGUGGUGUGAGACUUCAAUCUCGAACCCCAGAACAUUCGCCUGAGCCAUCUCCCAGCAAGGCUACGCCACGCCACGGUAUGCUCGAGUCGGAAACGCUGAAACACUCGCUUCAACACGCCCACCGCAUGAUCCAGCAACUCAAGAACAACAUUCAUCGCGAAAAGACUGAAAAGAUUGAGCUGAAACGCAUGCUUCAAGAUGCCCGUGAUGAGGUGGACGCUACCCGCGCUCUGGUUGGACCUGGUAGUGCAAGUAGGCGAAGGAAGAGCGAUAAGGAAUUCAAAAAGCCGGCUCCCCGACCCGAUCGUCUCGGAGCCUUGCGUAACGUUUCACAAGAGAUUGUAGAAGACGACGAGUGGGAAGAACAGGACAUGGUACCUGAUACUCCAAGUAGGCCACCACAACACUCCAACUCCAUACCAGGAUCCUUCCCAAGUGGCUUCAGCUCUGCCGCAGAGACAAGCGCAUACGAAGGCGCUGAUACGGCUAACGAAACCUCGGAUGCUGCUUUUGAGACUGCCAACGAACGUGAUGGCAUGGCAACUGAAUCUGACGCAUUCCAAACCGGAGCUGAGACCCUUGACGGAGACAGCAGUGACCAGCUGACUGAGACUGAAGCCGGACCUGGCAAGUCUAGUGCACGGCGUAGUCGACCAUCCAUCUCACAAGGUGGUCGCAUCAAUUCUUACCGGAGUACAGCUUCCGCUUCUGGUGAUGAGUAUGAUUCAGACUUCAGAACUCCUCUUCACCACCAGACUUCUCGCUUCAGGUUGAAGGCAAGAGACAGCAGUUCGCGGAGAUCGACCCCGAGAGGUCUAGAUUUCUUCGCAGGCACGCCACCAGCAUCCAGAGACUCUCCCGCAGGUUAUGUUAGCAGCAGUAAUGAGAAUACUCCAGCCCAAGGCAAGAGUCUGCUAGCAGAGCUGAACGAUCUGAGUGGAGAUGACGACGAUGCCAGUUCUGUUGAGGGCUCACCAAGUCGAUCCAGUGUCGUAUACUCAGGCCAUGCUACGCCAGAUCCACUGAGGAAGGCCGUUCUCGGAAGGUCUCUCCUUCAAUCCGAUGCCCCCAAGCCGGCUAUGGUGGAUUCUGGCACGAUGACAGAAGCGGACGUUCCUGCGCCCAUUUCCAUCUCCUCCAUCUCGAGCCAGAACACUCAACCGCAAGCCGUUCCAUUGCCUACGUUACAAGUCUCUGCUCUGCAUUCGCAAGACACGAGCCCGCGAGCUCUACCCCGGCCAGACCUCAAAGUCUCCUUGGUCUCUUCGCAAGACACCGAACCCAAGCAUGUGCUACCACAAGCUCUUGGCCUCUCUUCGGUCUCUGGCCAUGCUACCAGCCCUCAAACCCCCAGGAUACCCCAGCUGGUUGUGUCGUCUUUCUCAAGCCAGGGAACUGAGCCACGAAUUCCUUCAGCCCCGUUGUCUACAAUCUCCUCGCUGCAUGCACAAAACACAGUGCCACGUGCUGUACCCAUCACUCCUUUGGACAUGUCGCCAGUAUCUGCUCAUACCACCGAGCCUCGACAUGUUGCCCCUCCUUCUCUUGAGGUGUCAACCGUGUCGUCCCAGGGCACUGACCCCAUUGUACCAGUAGUAGAGAAGAUCAUUGCUCCAUCUUUGGACGUCUCGUCUAUCUCCCACCAGACCACUGAACCCCGGGAGGCUCCCGCCCCGAAGCUACUGGCUCCAGCAGGCCUCUUCACGUCCGCUAUCUACGCGCAAUCGACAGAGCCCGCACAGCAGGUGGAAGCUGCCCCGGUAUCAGAUUCGAGGUCAAUCCCUAAUGAUGUUGUUUCAGCAUCUCCUGUACAAGACUCUCACCACGUGGAUCAGCUUGUACCACUCCAAAUGUCAAGUUUGUCUGCUCACGCGACGGAGCCCAGAGACAUACCCUACAAGCCGACGUUACUGCAGAUGUCUUCUUUGUCAUCUCAUGCGACUGAGCCAAAGGAUCUACCUCGUGCGGUCCUCUCAGCAUUCUCUUCGACAUCGACUCAAUCAACAGAACCGCUGGCGCCAAGAGCCAGCAAGCAGCAGUUUUCUGAGCUCUCUGCGCAGGCUACAGAGCCUGUUGCACUGCGCCAGCCACAAUUGCAGCUGUCAAAUUUCUCUGCUCGCUCUACAGACCCAGUGGAAGUGCCCAAGACAGGCCCGUCGCAGCUAUCUUCCCUGUCUACCCAGGCAUCUCAUCCCCUAGAGCCUAUGAGAGCAGCACCAUCCUCCUUUUCCGUACUGUCCUCACGGACAACUGAGCCAAUCGUACCAGAAGAGCCAACUCCCGCCAAUUUCUCCGGGGUUUCGUCACAGGUCACUGAGCCUGUACAGCCCAGGCAAGUGCCACUGCAACUAUCAGUCGUUAGCGCACUGCAGACCGAGCCGGCCACGGUACCUGUUCCUUCGGCGUCCGUACAUGACAUUUCUGAUGUGCAAACUGUGCAUGACACUCAGCCUGAGUCACCCACGCUUCCGGCAUUCCUACCAACUCCGACAAGCCGGCCAUCCACAGCAAACCGUGUUUCUUCUCCGACCAUGACAUUGUCUCCUGUAGCUACACAGGGUACUGAACCAUUGACUCCUUCAAGACCUGUCACUGCUCAUCGGGCCGUGGGGCCUUCUGUAACCAACAGUGCUUCUUUCCAGACAGAAGCAAUGGAGAACAAGCAAGUAUCUACGCCCAAGCUUGGUUACUCCGAACCUGUACUAUCCUCGAACAAGGAUGUCACUACAGAAACCACCACCCCACCGGUUAAUAGCAGGGAUGUUCGCAUGCCCCUUACACCUGUAGAUGCCAAUGCCGCCAGGGAGACGCCCCGAGCACCAAUGACUGACGGAGGCACUCAGACAAUGGUGUCUGCUCAGCAAAUUGACAAGCUGCUGCUUGCCCGAAGUCAGCGAUGGAGCAGUUUGAUCACCACGUCCGAGCUGGAAAAAUCGCUGUCUCCGCCCGAGUCGCCUAGCAAAAAGUAUGCAAACGAGUCAAGCCGAACACCCAAGCGCCCGGGUAGCUCUGGAAGCAUGCGUUCUCGCGCUGCAACGCCACCACCACUGCCUCAGGAUCAUAAGGAAGUCAUCGCCGCGGCCUCUCUCAAACCAAUCUCCCCAGGCACAAUGGGUCCGCCUACAAUGCCAGCAUCUGCCUACAAGCGACGACCACAUACGCCUACCAUCAAGACAAGCAACAACACCCUCACUCCCAGAACAGGCGGUACUACUCCGCGUGUGCGCCGACAAUCGCAGCGUAGCGGAGCCUCUUCACCUUUGAGCCGGAGGUCGUCACUAUCGUCGUUCACCUCGGAGAUAGACCAACGCUUUAACAUUCCAGGUGGCCCGUCCUUUGCUGCAAAUGGAUUGCCGCCCGGUGCGACAGAUCCGCGCAUGAUCCAGGCUAUUACCCAAACAAUGAUUGGCGAAUACUUGUGGAAGUACACUCGCAAGACUGGACGCGAAGGCAUGUCUGAGAACCGCCAUCGACGUUUCUUCUGGAUUCAUCCUUACACAAGAACACUGUACUGGAGUGACCGAGACCCUCAGAGUGCUGACAAAACGACAUUGAAGGCUAAAAGCGUAGCCAUCGAAUCUGUACAGGAAGUUGACGACCCCAACCCUCUACCGCCUGGACUUCACCAGAAGAGCUUGCUCGUCAUCACACCUGGUCGGUCGAUGAAGUUUACUGCUCCAACAGGCCAGAGGCACGAGACAUGGUACAACGCAUUGAACUAUCUGUGCCAAAGGGUCGACGAAGGCGAACAGCAGAAGUCACCUACCAAGUCUGAUCAGGAGCAGAAGGCAGCGACCGAGGACGAGAUUCAAGACGAAUUCAAUGGCGGGUAUCGCAGCUCUUCUCGACAGACAGGGCGUUCAAGAGGUUCGAUGGCCUCGUACGCCACCCGGCGGACAUCGUCUCGCGAUUAUGGUCAAGUGCCCACUAUCCGACAGUCGCACGUCACACCCCAUCGCGCAACAUCAACCGAGCCACUUAUGCAUGGAUCAGUGUCAAGCCGAAUCAACAGUAUGCUCCGACCCAGUGUCUCUGCUUUACGAGGAUCCUUCACUAGUCGCCGAAACAGCCGGACCAGCGCUACAGAGUCUGCCACAUAUGAAGAGCCCAGUGCCUCCAAUAUGGACCUCAGUCGUGAUAUCCAUGAACACGUGGAGCGCGACCAGGACUUCAUGCCUAAUGUCCGAGCAUGCUGCGAUGGUAAACACGAUGUUGGACACCUUCACCAACAUUCAGUCAAAGGUCGACACAUGAAUUCUCAAGCCUCCAGGCCUUCGCUCUUUGGUUCCAUAAGUUCGCGCGCGCAAUCCCGAACCGAGUCCCGUACAGAAUCACGUACCGAGUCACGUACUGAAUCGCGAACCGAGAUGCGCAACGAGCAGGUGCGCCACCAGACUGAGAUGGAAGCAGCAAACUAUGGAGCUGGUGCAUAA